UACUAACUAAAUUACUAUCCCACGCUGAGUGCAUGUUUUUUUUUUUUGGUUAUAAUUAUUAAUUAUUUAUACUUUGAUUUUUAAAACUUGACUGAUUGUUAAAUUGCUAUUAAAUAAUAUUAAAUAAUGCCUUCCAAAUUGAAAAAAAAUACAUUAAGUUAUCGAGGUUGUAAUUAUAUGAAGCAUCGUCUACUUCUUUCAACAUUGUCUGGUAAACCAGUGACGAUUACGAACAUUCGGAUAAACCAUGAUGAACCAGGUGCGAAAGAACAUGAGGUUAGUUUGAUUAGACUACUGGACAAAUUGACAAAUGGCAGUCAAUUUGAGCUCAAUGACACUGGAACAGUGUUGAGUUAUACACCUGGUUUACUUAUUGGUGGUGAAUUAGAACAUGAUUGUAGUUUACAACGUGGUAUUGGAUAUUAUUUAGAAGCUGUUAUGAUAUUAGCACCAUUUUGUAAACAUCCAAUUGAUAUUAAAUUACGUGGUGUUACAAAUAACACAAUUGAUCCAUCAGUUGAUAGAAUUAAAAGUUCUGGUUUACCAAUAUUAAAAAAAUUUAUCAUUGGUGAUUGUGAUCUUGAUUUAACUAUUAAAAAACGUGGUGCUUUACCAAAAGGUGGUGGUGAAGUACAUUUUAAAUGUCCAGUUAAUCGUGGUCUUAGAACAAUACAAUUUGAAAAAUGUGGACCAGUUAAAGAAAUAAGAGGUGUAUCAUGUAGCAUGAAUGUAUCACCAGAUAUUGCUACUCGUAUGUACAAAGCAGCAAAACGUGUUUUGAAUAAUUUUACUAAUGAUGUUUAUUUGCGUACUGAUGGUUGUCAAGGAAAAUUGGGUGGAAACUCACCAGGAUAUGGAAUUAGUCUUACUGCAGUAACAACAGGAGUACAAGGAGAAUCAAAAGAUAUAGAAAAUAAAACUAGAGCAUAUUACACUAGUGAAGCAUGUUGUCCACCAAUGGAUUCAAAUUCAAUUUCAGAAGAGAUGACUGCAGAAUAUCUUGGAGAACAAGCUGCGUAUAAUCUUCUUGAGGAAAUUCACAGAGGUGGAUGUAUUGAUUCUAUUUUUCAACCAAUGACUGCAUUAUUCAUGGCUUUGGGACAAAAAAAUGUAUCAAAAGUUUUAAGUGGACCACUUACUCAAUCAACUAUUCAAUUUUUGAGAGAUUUAAGAGAUUUCAUGGGAGUUGUUUUUAAAUUGGAUCCAGCAAAAGACCCAGAGGAUGAAGACAUUGUUCUUGAACAAGUUCAUUUAGCUUGCAUGGGUAUUGGAUACAAUAAUUUCAGCAGACGAGUCUUAUAA